CACGGCCGCCGGUGCGAUGGCCGCUGCGGGAACCGCCGUUGGGAUCCGUGCGUUGCUGUUCGACUUGGACAACACCCUGAUCGACACGGCCGGGGCAGGGAGACAAGCGGAACGGCAGAUUUGAGUGCUACCAGCUGAGCCACACUGAAACAGUCAUAGGAGACCAUGCAAGGAACAGAACCAAUUGUAUCUGAAAAUGAGGUGGCAAUCUGGUGAAGCUACAACACAUGAUAAACAGCAGAAGCAGCAUGCUGUGGACAGCUAAGCAAUGCCAAAAUCAACUGAUCAGGUUAAGAACUUAUUGAUAUCACGACAUGGUUAUGAAGAAUCUGCUGCUGACCUGAUUAUUGAGAAAUUUAAUACUAAGUUAGAGAAAGAGCGUGCUGAUUCCUCUACCGAGAUAGAUAUUGAUGAAGAGCGCACGUUAUUUUUGGAAUUGGCUAUACAAGAAACAAAUGGGCAUAAACUAGACCAGGGUUUGGCUACUGAAUGUUAUCUUCUGUGGAAAAGUACAAGACUCCAAAACAUUCAUAUCCCUGAUGAGGUGCAGGCCAUGUUGAGGGAGCUGCAUCAGUCUUACAAGCUGCUUUUAUUAACCAAUGGGAGUUCCUCAGUACAACGGGAGAAGAUUAAUGUUUGUCAGUGCGAGCAGUACUUUGACCUGAUUGUUAUAGGCGGUGAACACCAGGAGCAGAAACCAGCUCGCUCUAUUUUCCAGGAAUGUUUCAGGCUUUUGGGAGUGAAGCCUGAUGCCUGCGUGAUGAUCGGUGACAAUCUAAAGACAGACAUUGAAGGCGGGGUGAAUGCUGGUGUUUGUGCAACUAUCUGGAUAAACAACAAUAAUGGGAAACUUGACAAAGAGAGUGCAGUGCCUGACUAUACUGUGAAAUCUGUACUAGAUGUUAAGGGUAUUUUGGAAAAUAUUAAAUGUAAAUUUUAACUGGAAAUAGUAAUCUCCUCCUGUUUGUGUACUUUGCACAAUUUGAAUGGGAAAAAUGUCUAGAAAUAAAAGUUUAUGGAUGGCUUCUGUAGAUUUUCUAUCUUAAUUAUUGGUGGGGAUGUUGGCACGGUUGUGUGGGGAACAUCUAAAGCUACAAGAAAAUCACACUAUUACCUAAAUGAAAUAAUAGAUAAUUUAAUUGUUUUAGAAAAACAGAAUUUUAAAAAUAUUUUGGUGGAUAGUGGAUCCUAAUCUGUUAAUUUUUAAAACCUAAUAGUGGAAGAUAUAUAAUUGCUUUGGACAUUUUUUAAACUUAGUACUGAAAGUUUUACAAAUGUUUUGAACACUUUUCUUUAAAAAGUAUGUGGGACUGUAUUAUUGUUGUUUCUGACAUCAAAGCUAAUAUUCAAUUUACAAAUAAAAUCAACUAGAAUAGGAAGCUAAAUUAUUUUAGCUCUUCAGAACAUUUAUUUUGUUUUUAGAAUGUAUUGUCAGGCAGCAGUUAAUUUGUAGAAGUUAUCAGGAAAUGCAACACAGUCCAAAACCAAUGUUCAAAUACAGCAGGUCAGAAUGGAUGUCAUUCGUAUUUUAUUUGGUGUGAUCUGAGUUCUGAUAGAAUUGUAAGAGACUAUGCAAAUUUGUUUUAAUUUCCAUCUUAAAAGCUCGGGUGUUCCAUGUUUAGGAUUUCAAGCCACAGUAUCAUGGUAACUGAAAUGCCUUCUCCCUAACUGUGUGAUGGUGUUUUAGUGCCAAGCUCUACUGACCAAGAGGCAUCAGAUUCAAGCUGAUGUCUGCCAGAUUAGAGGUUGGACAUUGGGUGGUUGGGCACAGGAUAGAGGGACCAAGUUAUUGUGCAGCUGCUCCACUGAGAACAGGAUUGCGAUGGUAUAUGGUAAUUUCCAUGAUUGAAUCAUCUACCAACAAUUAUUGUCCAGACCAAAUGAUAAAUAAGGCAGAGUGUAGUGAUUUUUUUUUAAAAUCUCCCUGAAAUUGCGUACAGUUCCACACAGUUAUUUCAAAUGGGUUUAGGCCCUAAUGAUUGACUGAUGGGUUAUAAGGUUCAAGAAAGAUCAUGAACUAUAGAAUGAAGACAUUACAUUGUGGGAGAGGAAAUUCAGGUGGAUCAUAAACCUGUAAUGGCUGAGGUAAAAAUAAUACAAAGCAAAGUAUGGUUUCAAAAUGGGAUUAUCAACCUACGCUGUUCUCUUAGUUGACGAGUUUAUUUUAAAAAAACUUGAAAUUGCUUGUACGGGGUGUUAUAUUUAUGUUCCCAUUUCCUUUUUGAACACCCCCCAUUAUUCCUCUGUAGAUUUCCCCACAAGUAAUUGUUCCCAGAUCCUGCCUUAUUUUACUAAAAUCCACCCUCCCCCCAGUCCAAAACAUGUAACGUGUCACAAAUAAAAUGUGAAAUUUAAAUCAAACAGCUUUUAAUGCACUAAUGGCUCAAAUUUAUUUGUCUGGAAAUGACAAUGCAGUUAUUUUGAGGCAGGAAAGGAGCCUGUUGAAUUUUUGAAUCCAAUCUGUAAUAAUAAAUGUGUACAUUAAAAUUGUCUUGAAAUACAUGUGGAUAAUGUUUGCAUCCAAAACAAAAAAUAAAGUUUUUCAUUCAUUGUUUGUAUCCCUUUGACAGAUAAUUAAAUAUUCCUACAGGUGU